CACUACCGGUUGCGAAGUACGGGUCAUAUUGUGAUUACGUAUUCGUUGACUGGUAUUCGUGAGUUAAGAAUAACGUUUUACGGUAUCGAAGAAAUUGAAACAACGUGCGUGUGACACGUUCUUUGCAUUCUAUUUAACCUUUCGAGGAAACACGCUCGUUCUAGACUAUCGUGUGUUAGCGUUUCGAAAACACUUUUGCUCUCGUGUGCGAGUCAAUUGCAUUCGCGUUUUUCGCUACGACCUCGUCUGAGUGAAACAGAACCUGUGAAACAAACUGUCGUCGAAGAAGUCUAGAAAUGAGAAAACUUAUGGAGAAACAGCUGUCUUGGCUUGCCUUACUCGUCACUGCGUUCUACUCUCUGCUUGGCAGUUGUCGGGGCGAAGAGUGCGGACACGAAAGGCUGGUGAAGUGCGGAAGACCACUCGAGAGAAUCAACAGGAACGAUUUGAGUUUCGCUGUGAAAAAGGAGGAACUUCAACAGCUAUGCCCAGAUUUCGAGGCUGGCAUGAAGUGCAUCCAGACGUACACGUUGGAUUGUCUGCAGGAGAAACAAAGGGAACACUUCAACUCAUUGUACGCCGGCACCAACAAGGUGGUCAUGGAGCUGUGUCAAGAUGGCCCUUAUCAGGACGAGUUCCUACGACAUGCGCCAUGCAUGCAAAAGGUGCAACCGAAAUACGAGUCCUGUUACAAGAAGUACCAAAGAAUCACUCAGGAUAUCGAAAGCGGAAAUCAAAUUGCGAACCCGAAUGAACCCCUCAAGCCUUUGUGCUGUGGCUUCAGGGAAUUUUUGGAAUGCUCGCAUCAUACGAUUCGUCGGCAAUGUGGCUAUGACACAGCUCAAUUUGCAAAGGGGUUCCUCGACAGAAUGUCGAUCUCACUUCUCAAGGAACAUUGUGCGCCGUAUACGGAGAAGGAGUGCUGGAUCGGUAGCGGCGCUACUAGCGUGUACAAAGUGCAGACACUAGUGGUGGUCGUUUUGGCGGUGCUAGCAAGGUACUUCACGUAAGCGAUUAGGCGGCACUCGUAGCCAGAAAAAGGGGACGAUUUCCGUGCAUCACGAGCGUCGUGCUGAAACCGGGGCCCCCCGUUCGUUCUCCGCUUCAGAUUCGCCAGAAUAUUUUUUUAUUUUCCGACGAGCAACCAAGAAGAGGAAAAAAGGAGGCACGCGCACGCGAGCAACGAGUGGGUCGAGAGUAUUAAGAGAGGCAGCGCGAAGGAGAAAAAGGAAAAAGGUAACAAAGACAAAGGGGAAGGAUGUGGAGAAAGGAAAAAGGAAGGAGACGCAGGACGAGAAAAAGUUAAGGAAAGGGAAUAAACCGGCUGGACACGAUCAAAGAGAGGCAGGAAGAAAGUUCUCUCGCCACGUUCUCCGCACGCGAACUUCCUCGCCGCGCUCGUGCGGCAACCGUUUCUCUUUGACGGGAAACGCUCGUGGAAAACAAAGAAGAGAACGUGCUUUCGGACACUGCGACGGGCUUAAUCAUGCAAUCAGAAGGCACGUGCGCCAAGG